ACGGAUGCGUAGCCCACAAGACCACGUCGCCGACACAGACCGCCAGUUUGUCGCCUCCUCCUCUUCCCCCGCACGCGUUUCUUGCGCCCCAGCACCACUUGAAGCCUUGCACAGCUGCACUUCUCUUCCCUUCCUCCGCAGACUAGCUCUCCGCUCUUGCAAGAAUGGAUGCACAGCAGCGCAUGCACCAGCUCCGGACGUCGAUGGACCCGCUGGCGCCCCUAGCGUCAAGCUUCUUCUCGGUCUUCUCGCCGUCGUCGCCGCAGCAACAGGGUUCCACGUUCCUGCUCCUGCCGCUCCCCGUGGCGACGGCGCGCGCGCUGACCGUGCUUCGCCGUCUCCUGCUGCUCGCGACGCAGGCCUUCAUCUCCAUCUUCUUCAUGUUCCUCUCAGCGCUCGCGCCCGCGCCUCCGCCGCCGCCUCCCGCGCUCGCUCCCACGCUGCCGCGCGCGGAGCCCGGGUCCCUCGAGGGGGCAACCUGCGUGGGGCGCGCGCUCGCGCACGUGCUGUCCGUGGCGUCAAGGCUCCCCGUGGCGUCCCGCAAGUACGAGCUCGUGCGGGGCCUCGCGGAGCGACUGCUCGACGACAACGUGCGCGCGGGUGGCGCGCGGGUCGGCGCCGUGAACCGCGCCGCGCUCGCUGGUGCGUUCGCGCGCACGCUGCGGCAGCUGGAGGCUGCGGCAGGAGGGGAAUGGCCCGGGAUGGAGCUGGCCGUGCGCGCGGUGCGGACGGGGAUGCGGUGGGUGAGGCCGACCGCCGCGGCUUCCUCGCUGGACGAGGGGUUCGGCGGCCCCGCGGUCGAGAAGCUUGCCGCCGAGCUGCUCUGGCUCGGGCAGAAAAUGGCCGAGUGCGGUGCGGCAUGCGAGGCCGUGGUGCAGUUCGGCGCCGCCGCGAGGCUCGGAAGCCGCGCGCUCGUUGCCAAGCCGACGCUCCAGGUCUCGCUGCUUCGGCUAGCCGUGUUCCUGUUCAAGCACGCCAACUCGAGAGAGUUUGAGCAAAGCGCCGGCGGGAAGGAGGGCAAGGGCGCCGUCGCCGAGCAGCGGAUGGCGAUGCUGCGGUCGUGGCUACCGCUGCUCUGCCGCGGCAGCAACGGCACGGACGCGCCGGUGCUGAGCGGCAGGGAGCGGACUGAGAUGGUGGCCGUGAUGGAGGAGCUGAUCGACAAGCUCAGCUGGGAGCAGCAGGAGGAGGUCCUGUCGCUCUGGCUGCACCACUUCGCCGCGUGCCCCGACACCGACUGGCCCAACCUGGAGAGCUGCUACGCGCGAUGGUACACCGAGUCGCGCAGGCUGCUCGCGUAGCGCGUGAACAGAUUGGAAAUCAUGAAGCACUCCAUAGAGCUGCUUGUGUAUGUAUGCAGUAUAGAAAAAUGGAGUUCAUGUUGACAUUUGACAACCACAUAAUAGACUUGUGUAAUCUGAAUUUUCUUU